AUGGGUUCUUCAGCCGUUGAUCCCGAAAGCUCACUUCCGCUGGCCAUGUUGGAGCUUAUUAGGCCGCAGGCAUCACCGCCGCGACCACAAGCACGCUCAGCAGGCAUGGCCGAGAGGCCAUCUCGCAAUGAGAAUUUGUCAGACCUAGUGCGAUUCUUUCAGACAAGUGAAGCGGAGCCCUCCCCCCGUCCGAACCCGACGCCAAUUCCAACUUCUCCAGAAAGCACUACCGCUUUACCUGUCGUCGCCGAGACAAGACCGUCAAUCGAACCCCCGACGGAGCCGACAAAGGAUGCGAAGCCAUUGCGCCGCCGCUUCCUCCAAUUCGCUCAACGUCAGAAGAAGGACUCCUCCGCCAAAUCAAAGUUAACCGAUAACCAGCGUCAGAUUGAAGCACUUCAACGGGAAGGAUACCUUCUGACGGCCCCUAAGCCAAAGAGCACACGGUCAUCGAGAACCAGCAUCAGCUCCAAAAACAGCCUGGAAAGGACCUACUCUAGAUCCAAGAAGCAGGACGUGGAAACUAUUGGACAGCCAUGGCUAGAGACGGACUCGAAGCGAGGCUCCUCGGAAUUCAAGCAACACCUGGCCCCGCUUAACUUGGGCGAUUUUGGAUCCAUGGUCGAUGUAGCCGUGUCAUUAUCCAAGCAAGAGGAAGACCUGUCGCCUCCACCCUAUCAGCCUCCGUCUUCGAGCAAAAUAACCAUCAAUCCAGGCAAUCAGGGCUCUUCAGAUGUCUCUGCGUACGCCCGGCCCGACACGGACAAUACGCUGUCUUCGCCCAUGUCCACGGCCGCAACUCACGGCAGCCCCUCUCCGCAGGAGCAUGCCCGGCAACUUUCUACUUCCACAAGCUCAACUAGGCGAAUCCUGGAUCCUGACAUCAAGCCCCCUCCUCGAAUGCCGAGACUGAACUCCGUCGAAUUUCAGGCAGGGUCGUCCACUGCUUCCUUAGUCUCUGAUGGCUCAAGAUCCGAGCCAUUUGUUGAAAAUCUCAAAAAGCCUGGCCAAGCUUCUGAGAAUUCUUCCCAGAGCUCACCGGGAGGCUUGUCUUCCCAGCCAUCGUUGAAGCUCUUUCCGGACGUGGCACCCGCACGCAUGCCUAGUAAGAAUUCACUCAAUGCUUUGCCGAUACCCCAAUACCAGCGGUCUCCCCGUCCUCCCGCGUCUGCAAACUCGUCGACCAACGUAUCACCCAUGGGCCCCAAAUCCGCAAAUGUCAGGCUGUCAGAUGAUUCAUCCACGAAAUCCAAUGUUGAAGGAGAGCGAAAAAUGUCUGGCGCGACUGCUACGUCAACAACCUCCUCUACAUCGAGCGAAACCCAAUACGCUUCUUCUGUAAGAAGUGGGAAGACCAAUGCACCUGAACUUCCAAUUUCACCAGCGACAAUGGGUACCCUACAGGCGUUCCCCCUGCCAGCACCGACUCGACCUCUGCCAUCGCUGCCUCAACCUGCCCGGGCACCCCCAUGUAUUCCAGCGGCGCAGCGCGUUACAGCAGAACUCGCUAUAUUACCGCCACUCAAAGCCCCCGAAUCAAAAUAUCCCCAUCCUUCUCCUAUUGCAGAGGAGCCUCGUGAGCUCACUCCUAAGGAUGCAUUACACUAUCAAUCGUCUUUGGCUUCGCGCUCUACAAUUGACCCAGAAAGCAAAGAUGAGCAAGGAUCGGAACUUGACUCUGAAAGCCCUAGCCCCGCAUACAUUCUGGAUGUUUCGAAGUCGAGUCUAUCACAGCUCGGUGCGGUAGGGCGACGAGCUCCUAGCAUUCGAAUCCCGAAGAUGCAGGAUGAUCGAGAGCAUCCAAGCAACAAUGAAGCCGAUGGAUUGGCUUUGGCUGAUUCUCCGUUACUGGGUCGAGCAAAUAGCAUGGAAGCGAAUGGCAAGCGUGCGGCUCGUAAACCGCUUGAAAUUGACUCGACAAAUGUUCGACUGGAUCCAACUCACCUGCCAUUCGGGUUACCUUCACCACCACCUACCGCGGCCCUUCCAUCAGAUCCUCCUUCGCAACUCCAUCCCGAUCCAUCUGCCGAAAGGAGAAAGAUCACAGCCUCCGUAUCAGCGGGCGGGCGCGCUCUCAAGGCAGUGGAUGGUCAAUAUAAUGCCAGUCACCACCGAGCGUCCAUGGUAUCUCGGAGCAACAGUUCUCGUAGCAGCCUUCGACAUGAAAGCAUCCCAGAAUCAACUGAGCCAAGCCACUCAGAAUCACCGUUACCCUCUUCGGAUGACGAGGGAUUCGGGCCCAAUACAGGAACGAGCAGAGCUCGUUGUGCAGCAAGAAAGAUUUAUAGGCUGCCACAUUCCCUACAUCAAGGCUACGCAACAGUGGGCUCAAGACCUAGCCACAGUCGACCCCGGUAUGCUGAGUCUGUUCGAUCACAGACCCCGCAGGGCCGUAUGGGUAGAAGUCUAGACAAGAGUGCCAUUUCCCCCCAGUCCAAUUAUUCUCACUCAACUCAUCGCUCUCGCGACUCGCGGAGUUCGCACCAGACACAAGCAGCGGCCAGUCAGAUGGCGCACUUUCUCGAAGAUCGAGUUGCUCAUCUAGAACGUCAGAACCAAGUGCUUCAGGCAGCCCUCUUUGCCGCUCUCAAUGCCGGUGGGAAGAGUCCGUUCGAUGGAUUGAGCGAUCUAGAGCGGUCUUCCCAUAUGGCUCAACCACGCUACACAAAUCCAUACCAGGCAAGAUUCACUGCUCGUCCCGAUAGUUGGGUCGGCUCUACUCAUAGUAGCGAGCACAGUGGGGGCUUUGACCCUUCGGCUUCGUGCCAGGACAAUCGGUCUCACUUACGACAGCUUGAUAAUAUGAUUGAAGAUAUUGAGGGUGGCUGGAUGUCUGACAAAUCCAGUCUCGCUGGGGUGCGAAUGACGAGACCUCAGUGA